AUGUCGACCUCCAGCCUCCCUGGCUACAGGCCGCCCUCCGUGAACCCCACCCCGACAUACUCGGCCGAGCCCCAGGCCUAUGAGCAGCGCCUCGCACUUAACCGCCUCCGUCAGCGGCCUUCCACCGACUUUGUAAAGCAGUCCCGGUCUGGCGGCGUAAGCCUCCGCCUUGUUGAGCAAGAUGACAACAUCACUCUGCCUGUCUAUGGAUGCGGAGACUCCGUCGAAGGUUCCAUCAUCGUCGCCAAGCCGGACGGCGUAACCAGCGUCGAAGUCAAGAUAGAAGGCACCCUGCGGCUUAAGGAGGUAGCCGAGGGAGGUAAUACCGCACACAGGCUGGUUCUGUCUGUGCAAACCCUCUGGACUCGUGAUCAUCGUGCCGGCCAGUGCCCGCCCUCACUCCCAUUCAGCAUCACCCUUCCGACCACUUUCUCGGAUGGGCGGGAAGUCUAUCCACUACCGCCCACGCACGAAGCCCACAUGUCUGGUGUUCCAGGAUUCCACGCCGACAUCGAAUACUCGGUGAGCGCCCUCAUCUCCAGAACCAAGUCCUCAAGUCUGCUGCGCCCAGGGAACAACAUCGUCUCCACGCCAUUCGUCUACUAUCCGCGCUCGCGUCCUGCCGUGCCUCUUCCUCCCAGAAUGCAGCACGACUCAUCCUCGCCGACACCAAUGGAGACCUCUGACUGGCGCUGCUUUGAAUCUCUUAUGUCAGCUAGGACGCCCAACAGCAGGGGUGUAUUGGCAAAGUUCUACAUCCCAUCAUCCAGGGUCUUUUGCAUGGCAGAGCCCAUACCAUUUUAUCUGACAUACACCUCAUCUGCUAAGGCUCUGGCGGCCUUCCUACCGUUCGCACCUCUGCCUCCAAGCCGCAUGUCCCGGCAGCAUACUCGUGUUCAGCUAAUCCGACAGACCAGCGUUGAUGUUCGUAACGCCGUGCUGAUCGGCGCGAAGACGGACAUGUGGCGCACUGUCGAGAUUGGACAGGCCGUAUUUCAACAUGAGGGCGAUGGGCCGAGCUGGAUGUCAUUCUCUGGCGAGAUCCGCGUGAGCCCUCAGACCAGGAUCGGAGGGUUCAAGGCGGGCGGCCUAACGAUCAAGGACUUCAUUGUCCUCUCGAUGACCCCGCCCGAGCCACUGAAAGCGCCGUUUGGCGAGCUCCGCCAGGUGGUCCCUAUUCGCUUGACGACUGACCCGUGGUCUAUGGAUGGCACGGGACAGGCGUUCGCAGCCUCGGACUACUCGAUCGCCCUGAGUCCAGAAGACGAGUUCCUGGACCUUCGCGUGCCCGCGUACGCUCCACCGUGA